GCGGCCAUUCGCCGCACACUCAACAGAUUGAGGUGUGGCCAACGAGGGCAGCCAUUUUCUUGAUUUUCUGUCGCAAGAUUUCAGGUAAAUACGCAAAUAUAUCUUAAAUUAACGCCGAUCGGAGUGGUGAGAGGGUGCGUGGUGCGUCGUGCGUGCGGACGUCGCGAGCGUUUCCGGGCGCGUUGAAGAUCCCACCGGGACGUCGGGCCUCGAGUACGGUGCUAAAAGAGAGAGAAAAAAAGGAGCCUCCUUCUCCGUGAGCAGAGUAAGGAAGAGAGAGGGAGAGAGCGAGACAGGGAUAAGUAGACGGGGGGGAGAGAGAAAGAGAGGGUCGCGCCAGGAGCUCUCGAGGGAGUGCCAUGCGUUGCGAAUCUCGUCCGCUCGGUAUCACCGCACGGCGAGGCGCGCUCUGAACACGGUGUCUGGACGGUAUCUCGGUUCAGUUCACAAGUUCGAUUCCGCGUCGCCCGUCGGUCGUGCGUUUGCGAUUCGUGCUUAGUCUACGUCCACGUCGUCAUCGUUAUCUUGGUCGCCGCCGUCACCGCCGCCACCACUGCCGAGUGCCGCGGAGCCGAGCAAGUAAAUCCGUGCGACGGAACUCUUGGAAUGUUCUCGGGCUCUACCUGACACUACGUGGCCGUUUAGUCCACACAGAGGGUGUAAUGAGUGACAAGCGCGAUUGAAAGGAACACAUACACACACCCCUCCCGAGGUAGCAAUAUUGUCGUCCUCGUAGGAGAGGCGCUCGGCAACUGGAUUUAGGGGUCAUCAGAGGUGACUGCUGCAUGUCUUCUGACGCCGAUCGCUUGCUCGUCCUCGUGGAACUCUAUGUUUCGAAGAAAUACACGAAAGGGAUUCAUGGCAGCCAUUAGGAAGAAGUUGGUUAUUGUAGGCGAUGGUGCUUGUGGUAAAACAUGUCUUCUCAUAGUGUUCAGCAAAGAUCAGUUUCCUGAGGUGUACGUACCCACAGUAUUCGAGAACUAUGUCGCCGAUAUCGAGGUGGAUGGUAAACAGGUGGAACUGGCUCUUUGGGACACAGCUGGACAAGAAGAUUACGACAGGUUGCGUCCGUUGUCGUAUCCAGACACGGAUGUUAUCUUAAUGUGCUUCUCCAUCGAUAGUCCCGAUUCCUUGGAGAACAUUCCCGAGAAGUGGACACCAGAGGUGAAGCACUUCUGCCCAAACGUGCCCAUUAUCCUUGUUGGAAAUAAAAAAGACUUGCGCAAUGAUCCUAAUACCAUCAAGGAGCUCGGCAAGAUGAAACAAGAGCCAGUUAAGCCUGAGGAGGGUAGGGCCAUGGCGGAGAAAAUCAAUGCUUUCGCCUACCUUGAGUGUUCUGCCAAAAGCAAGGAAGGCGUAAGGGAAGUUUUCGAAACGGCAACUCGAGCUGCAUUACAAGUAAAGAAGAAGAAGAGGGGAAGGUGUAGGCUUUUUUAAGAUGUUGUGACAAGUGAGCCCGUGGUUAUGGGCAAAAUUACGGAAUUGCGGAACUAGCUGCAAAAAAGCUAGUCAUAAUACCGCAGACAAG